UUUCAGUAUUUAUUGUUAAAAGAGUUGAAUGAGACGAGGGUGUGUAACUCGUUACUAGUUGGUAUGGGAGAGGAAGACAAUCUCUGGGGAGACAAGAGAACGUCCUCUAAUAGAUCUAUGGUAGAAAGUACAGGUAAUAUUAUCAUAAGCUAUGUUUCUUCUUCAGUCCUUUUUCACUGA